GCCCGAGCCACCCGCCGCCGCGCCCGCUCCCCGCGCCGCCGCACUCCUCGCCCCGCGUCUGCCCCCACGAUGGUCGGGCCCAGGCACCAGCCCGGCGGGCUGUGCCUCCUGCUGCUGCUGCUCUGCCAGUUCAUGGAGGACCGCAGCGCCCAGGCUGGGAAUUGCUGGCUCCGCCAAGCGAAGAACGGCCGCUGCCAGGUCCUGUACAAGACCGAACUGAGCAAGGAGGAGUGCUGCAGCACCGGCCGCCUGAGCACCUCGUGGACCGAGGAGGAUGUAAAUGACAACACGCUCUUCAAGUGGAUGAUUUUCAACGGGGGCGCCCCCAACUGCAUCCCCUGUAAAGAAACAUGUGAGAACGUGGACUGUGGACCCGGGAAAAAGUGCCGAAUGAACAAGAAGAACAAACCCCGCUGCGUCUGCGCCCCAGACUGUUCCAACAUCACCUGGAAAGGGCCAGUCUGCGGGCUGGAUGGGAAAACCUACCGCAACGAAUGUGCACUCCUCAAGGCCAGAUGUAAAGAGCAGCCGGAACUGGAAGUCCAGUACCAGGGCAAAUGUAAAAAGACGUGUCGGGAUGUUUUCUGUCCAGGCAGCUCCACGUGCGUGGUGGACCAGACUAACAAUGCUUACUGUGUGACGUGUAACCGGAUUUGCCCAGAGCCCACCUCCUCUGAACAGUAUCUCUGUGGGAAUGAUGGUGUGACCUACUCCAGUGCCUGUCACCUGAGGAAGGCUACCUGCCUACUGGGCAGAUCGAUUGGAUUAGCCUAUGAGGGAAAGUGUAUCAAAGCAAAGUCCUGUGAAGAUAUCCAGUGCACUGGUGGAAAAAAGUGUUUAUGGGAUUUCAAGGUUGGCAGAGGCCGGUGUUCCCUCUGCGAUGAGCUGUGCCCCGAGAGUAAGUCCGAGGAGCCUGUCUGUGCCAGUGACAAUGCCACUUACGCCAGUGAGUGUGCCAUGAAGGAGGCUGCCUGUUCCUCAGGUGUGCUGCUGGAAGUCAAGCACUCCGGAUCUUGCAACUGAAUCUGCCCGUAAAACCUGAGCCAUUGAUUCUUCAGAACUUUCUGCAGUUUUUGACUUCAUAGAUAAUGUUUAAAAAAAAUGUUUUUUAAACUUAUUGCAUAACAGCAGAUGCCAAAAACAAAGCAUCUUACUGCAAGUCACAUAAAAAUGCAACGCUGUAAUAUGGCUGUCUCAGAGGGCUUUGAAAACAUACACUGAGCUGCUUCUGCGCUGUUGUUGUCCAUAUUUAAACAACAGCUCCCCUGUAUUCCCCCAUCUAGCCAUUUCGGAAGACACCGAGGAGGAAGAGGAAGAUGAAGACCAGGACUACAGCUUUCCUAUAUCUUCCAUUCUAGAGUGGUAAACCCUCCACCAAUGUUCAGUGUUGAUAUA